UGUGUCCGGAUGAUUGUGAGCUGGUCUCACAUGAUGUGUGGGCUAAUGAACAGCAAAACAUCAGCCACAUCUAUAAGUUAGGAGGGGAAAUAAGUAUGGAAAAUGAUCAAACAGACAAGAACAGCAGCUCCCGCUGUACAUUUUUCCACACAGAUCCAGAAGACUAUCGAUGUGAUGUAAUUCUCACAGUGAAAAGAGCCACUGGAGCCUUUUCUCUAGUAGCAUGCCUUUUUAUGUUAUUUGUGAUAUGGUUGCUGCGAAGAUAUAACUCUCUGGCUCAGAAAAUGAUAGUCAGUCUCACAGUGGCAGCAUUCUUUGACAGUGUUGCAUAUGUAAUGGAUGAGUCUCAAGCUGAGGGCUCUCUGUGUAACUUCCAAGCCUGGUGGUUAACAUAUUUUGACUGGAGUGCUCUGGCUUGGGUGUGUCUAAUAACUAUGAAUCUCUACCUGAACCUGGUCAGGGAGAUCAGGACUGAACAUUAUGAGAUACCAUAUCAUUUAGUGGCAUGGGGGGUUCCUCUCCUUAUGUCCUGUCUCCCACUGAUGAGAGGAUACUAUGGUUUAGCUGGAGCCUGGUGCUGGAUCAAAGAUGACCAUGUGGCUUGGAGGUUUGGCAUAUGGUACAUACCGCUCUUCAUCCUCAUCUUUCUCAUGAUCUGCUGUUAUGCACGCAUUAUCUGUGUAGCCAAUGAUAGGAUGCAGUCCUGGUUAGGCACUUUUAACCCAGAGAGGGAGAGGAGGAAGGUAUCUCUAGCUGAGGAGAUUCGUCCUCUGAAGUGGUAUCCUUCUGUAUAUCUGCUGGUCUCUAUAUUUCCUCUUUUAAAUCGGCUUCAUAAUGCUGCAUAUCCUAAGAAUCCAAUGUUCUCUCUCACGCUGCUGCAUGUGCUCAGUGCACCUCUUCAUGGCCUGGCCAACGCAUUAGUCUUUGGCAAGGACACCUGGAGUCAGCUCAGCAACACAGGAAUCAAACUGGCCCUUCGGUCUCGGCUGUGUGACAGCACGCGGAUUGGCGAGUAUCACCCGGCGAGCGUGAGAUACACAGCCGAACUCGAGUCAGAUUCUGAUGACAAUGAUAACAAUGUCCUCUUCUACAGCGCUGACAUGAGCCUGAAAGACAGAGGACCCUGAAUGGUUAUGGGGUGGCAGGUGUAUUUGUGUGUAUUUUUGUUUUCACACUUCAUGCCUUUUAGCAAAACACAGAUCUUCACACAUGCUAUUAUUUCAGUGUUAUGCUUGAUGCAGAGGGGAACAAGGAAAGGACAGAAUUUGCAUAAACAGGACUUUUAAAUGCAAGAAAAAAAGGAUAGGUGACUGCAGCAUGGUACUGUACAGAGCGUUUAAAGGGAGAGCAUUUUAACCGUAUGUCCCUUGUAUUGGGAGCUUUGUUGUCAUUUGUUUGGGAUUCAUUUCUCCGUUUUGUACAGACUUUUUCUGGCUGUAUAUUUUGUGCAUUUGAACUGCUGUGAUAUUUUGCUGCGCAAUUUGAGCAUGUAUUACUGUUAUUUAUUGAAAUGUAUGCAAUAUUUUUGUACUUUGCAAAUAAUCUCAAUUUACAGUGUUCGUAAAUACGCUUCCUUAUUUACUUGUGUGCGUUGAUGUUGGAAGUUUGUUCUUCAGUGGCUAUAAGUAAUGUGCUGUCAUUUGAACAAGAAUUAAUGAGCAUGGUUGUAGAAAACUGAUUAGUCAGAUUAAUCGGAUUAGUCAGACCAGGUUAAUUCAUUCUAUUAAAACAGUCAAGACAAGACAUUUAUUAACUAAAUUAUCAAAACUAUGAAUGUUUAUAUUUAGGGACACGUCUGAGACAAAGAGUUAUUGCUUUAUACUGCCAUCGUGUGGACAUUUUCUGCAAUGUAUAGAAGAAUUAUGUUUACGCGUGAUUACAAAAUAGCUGCUUUUUUUAAGUUCACCACUUAGUUUGAAUUUUGAUGAAACAACAGAAAAUUUCUCAGCAGAUUGUUACAAACAUUUUAAAAUAAUUGUUUAAAAAUGCGUUGCGUAAGUAUUUACUUUGGACUCCACUGAUUGGCUAAGUUGAGUUGCGUUGGCUCAACAUAGCUGGCAGUGAUUGGCUGAGCAAAAAAAUGCAGUCGACUUCACGGAAAACAAGGUAGAAUAGAUUUACUGUAAGUGCGUUUCUCUUUCUGACAUCGACGUUUCGGCAUAUUCGAUAUCUAGGCUGCUGAACAGACUCUUCAGCGUGUCCUGUAAAGGUUCAUAAUGGUAUGACUUCUAAUAAAAGCCGGUGCCUAUGUGGUGCGGAAGAUAUCCUCUGCCAUUAGAGAGGGAGAGCACAAAGAACAGCCUGAACUCGCACCAUGUAGCCUGGCACCAGGAAAUAAAAGGGAACAUCGGAGUCAGAAGUGUUUAGUAGCUGAGGCUAUGUCAACCCCAGCAUCUGAGCCAUCUACAGAGACUGCAGUGCAGAAAUGUAGCUCCUGACAUUAAAGGUCACACAAGUGCAUAACUGGGUGCCUCACUAGAAGUUGUAGAAGCUGAAGAAGUUGUAAAACACCUGGUUACAGAGAAAGAACUCAGACUUGAUGAAGAGAUGACUGUCAACCCAGUUUUGCCCUGUGUGAUUGAUAGAUGUUAGGCUUUCUCUCUCUUUCCGUCUCUGUCAGCUGUAGAGCAUGAUGGUCUGUUCAUCAACCUCUGAUUCAGGGAUUGUUCAGAUUUGAAAUUUUCCUACAGCUGUAAUAACUGCACUCCUAGCCAAAAAAAAAAAAAAAAACAGGCCCAGAUUUAACCCAUAUAGAGAAUAUUUGGUCUCAUAGUAAACACUAGCCUGGCAGUAUCUCCUAACUGUUUAAAGCCAUCAAUGCUGAGUGAAAAAUAUUAAUAUUUCUUUCGGGAAAAGGUUGUCUGCAGAUUCACAUACAAAACAUUUAAAUAAAUAAAGGGAACAUGUAUCCCGUAUUAAGUUACUUUUAUCUGUUUAAUGAUUUGUUAAGACCAUUAAAAGCUGAAUGCUUUUCCAUAUGGCUCCUUCUUUGUUCAGGAGUGUACAUUGCCCUAUAAAUCUACAAUACCAAUUUACACCGAUGUUCUGUUAAAAGGAAUAAAGCUAGGAAUAUGACAAUUUUUUAUUAAAAAAAUAAAAUGAACAGAAUUGA